AAGUUGGUAGUUCUGGAGUGACCCGAUCUCUGCCUUGUAGCAACCAUGCUUGUCUAUAAAAGCCCAUGUAACCAUGUCUCGCCAGUCAGUCUGAAAUACAGAUCUCUGAGUAUAUUUUAUCACGAGUACUUCUAGUUAGUAGCCCUAACUUCUACAACAUGGCGCAGUCAUGACGGACCGUGUGGGAAGUCAUCAGUGAAGUGUCAGUGCCGUGAACUCAGUGAAAUCGUCUCCGAAGUGUGUGCUAACCUCUCUCAGCAAGCAUGACGCACAACGCCAACUUGCCGUCUCAACUAGUGCUAGAAGGAAAUGUGAAUCAAAAUUGGAAGAGAUUCCUGACGCACUUUGAGAUCUACGUCGGAGCAUGUGGCCGAGAAUUGCCCAAAGCAGAAAUCGACAAGUUGGAGGGCCCCGCCAAGAAAGCCUAUUACAACGGUUUGGGCAAGCUACUGUUGAACAUUGCUGGAGAAGAAGCUACAAAUUUAGCUGCAACAUUUGGCUUGGAAGCAGAUGAUAAGUAUGAUUACCUCCAGCUAGUAGCCCAAUUUGACGCUUACGCCAAGAUAGAGGUGAAUGACACCUAUGAACGAUUCGUCUUCAACAGCUGUGUGCAACAAGAGGGAGAAACUUUUGACCACUUUGUGACGGAACUUAGGAAGAAAGCGAAGAACUGUGGCUUUGGAGAUCGUGAGAAGGACUUCAUUAGGGACCGAAUUGUUGUUGGUAUUAGAAACAAGAAAGUGCAAGAGGCCCUGUUCAGAGUCACUCCUCUCACAUUAGAGAAAGCCAUCACUGACUGUCGCGCUGCUGAACAAAGUAGACUGUACUCAAAGGAACUGCAAAACCAUAGCAAUCCAGCUGCUUCUAGUGUUUCCACUGAUGCCAUCAAGCAUGUGACAAAGAAGAAAUGGAACAAUCAAAAGAAGAAUAACAACUAUAACAGCAACAAAAGUGAAAAAGACUUUAAGUGCAGUAAGUGCGGCUAUAAACAUGAAUAUGGUAAAUGCCCAGCAUAUGGGAAACAGUGCAUAAAAUGUAAGGAAAUUGGACAUUUUAGAAGUAGGUGUCCAGAAAAGAAGAAUAAGACUGACUCCAUUGAAACAAAGAAACAAGAAGAAGUGAAAACUGAUAGUUAUGAUGUAUACUUCACUGACUCAAUCCAAGUGCAAGAUGCAGGAAAAUACCCAAAAGUGUACAGACAGAAGAUACGUGUUGAAGACAAAGUGAUUGAUUUCAAACUUGACCCUGGAGCUUCAAGGUCUGUACUACCUGUUGAACUCUUUAGAGAACUGAAGACUGUCAAGAAACUGAAGAAGUCAAAUGUGGUUAUUCAACCGUAUGGCAAGAACACUCCAUCUAUAUCUGAUGUUUACGCAGUUGACUUGAUAUGUACUGUUGGUGGUCUUAGAGGAGUUGUCAACUUCUUAGUGUCCGAAGAUGCAAACACACCGUUAUUUAGUUGUGCUGACUGUGAGAGGUUUGGGCUGAUCAAGAGAAUUGAAGUGUCUGUAGAUGAAAUGACUGAUGAGCAGACAGCCUUCAUUCAAGCCAAUGAAGAUGUGUUCACUGGUUUGGGAAAAUUCCCUGGCACACAUCCAGUGUUAACGAAGCCUGAAGCCGAGCAAGUCAUUCGCCCUGCACUUCGGAAACCAACUUCAGUAGCGGAGAAGCUCAAGCCGUGCUUGGACAACCUAGUCCAACGUGAAAUCAUCUCGAAGGUGGAUCACCUGACACCAGAGUGCUGGGUAUGCGGCUGGACCCAGACAGAAUCCGAGACCUGGAAAGCCUGGAGAUCCCCAGCAACAGGGACCAGCUGGAAAGCAUCCUGGGAGAUCCACCGGCUUGGUUCGAGAACUCUUCAGCGUCUCCGGCUGAAACUACUCAAGUAUCGACUCACUGUGGACCACAUCCCUGGAAAACAAAUGUUCAUCGCUGACCCUCUCUCAAGAUCCUUCAACAAGGACCCAGUAGCAGAUGACCCAACGAUGGAAGAGGUCGUGCACAGCUUCACGACUAGUCUGCCAAUCUCAGCUGCCCUACAGCAAGAUCUUGUGAAUCUUACUGCUGAGGACCCAACCCUGCGGAAGUUGCAUCAGCAUGUAGUCACAGGUUGGCCAAGUAAGACGACACAAGUUUCCGAUGAGGUUGUUCCGUAUUUCAAGAUCAGGGAUGAUCUUUUCUAUGAAGAUGGUCUGAUGUACUAUAACCAGAAUGGUGAUGUUCGUAUCAUAGUUCCUGCAAGAAUGAGAAGAAAAAUCUUGGAGUUAAUCCACAAAGGACAUAUGGGUGUUGCGAAAUGCAAGUCUCGAGCCCAACAAGUGUUCUAUUGGCCCUUGAUGAUGCAGCAUGUUGCUGACUUUGUAGAAGCUUGCGCUGUUUGUGCAAAAUUUAGACCAAUGAACACCAAGAUGCCUUUGAUCCCACACCCGCCCCCUACUAAUCCAUGGGAGCAAGUAUCAAUUGAUAUUGCUUCAUGUCAAGGUCGUGAUUACCUUGUGAGUUAUGAUUCUUUCAGCAAGUGGCUGGAAAUUGCUAAGAUCAGCUCAAAAUCUGCCUCCGCUGUCAUCAAUGCACUGAAAGAUGCCUUCUGCGUGAAUGGGAACCCCGAAGUGAUUUUUGCUGACAAUAAUCCCUUUGAUUCUUUGGAGUUUCGCCAGUUUGCCAAGGAAAACAGCAUUGAAGUGAUCACCUCGUCGCCCCACUUUCCUAGAAGCAACGGACGGGCAGAGAAAGGAGUUGCUAUCGCCAAAGGAAUCCUGAAGAAAAGCCAAGAAGAGCGCAGUGACUACAGGGACUCUCUGAAAGAGUACAGAAACACUGUGAUUCCUGCGAUGGGAGCCUCACCAGCGCAACUGUUGAACAGCAGACAGCUGCGAACAGCCCUCCCUAUCUCAAAGAAGCAGAGGAAACCAAGCGUUCAGACUGGAGUUCAUCAAAAACUCAGACAACAAAUGCAGCGUACAGAAGCUUGGUACAACAAGAAUGCCCGAGGUAGCUUGAGCGAGCUGAAACCAGGUGACAAGGUCUACGUCAAGACCAACAGCAAGGAGAACUGGACUCCUGGAGUGGUGAAGAUCAAACUCCCUUAUCCUAGAUCUUAUCUAGUCACAACAGCCGGAAGUGACGUCAGGAGAACACGAGAACAUCUGCGUCCUGACCUGGGGAAAGGACUUGGCGAAGACUGUGAUUUUGACUAUGAUUUCACAGAACAGACAGAACAGAUCCCAGUUCGUGUCGACACCCAGAAGGAGCCUGAGCAAGCACAGCCUGAGCAAGCACCUGAACGCAAGAAGCCUCCUCCUAAGAAGCCGAAGAAGACUCCCGAGAUUCCCCCAGCAGAGCCAGAAUAUCAGUUGAUAGUUCCGGACUGGCUCCACAAUCCUUACUAUGUGACCCUAGGUGGACGAACAACGUCAAUCCUAAAGAAGAAGCACUAGGCUUCAGUAAUUGUGAUGUCUUGUCAUGUAAAUCAGUGAUCACUGUAAAAUCUGUCCCCCUUUUCCCUUUGUCUCUAAUCAGGUACCUGACUAUUUGGCCAAUUAGUUUAAGUUAGCAAUAUUUAGUUGUAAUGGUGCACCAACCCUUGUUCAAUUGUAAAGUGUCUUGUGUUUAGUUGUAACUUGCCUAUGCAAUCAUGUAAUUUUGUCAUGUGGUAAUAUUGUAUGUUGUAAAUCAUGUGCAAACAUUGCACUUGUAUCUAGUGUUGUCAUCAUUGUGUAUUGUAACUUUGUAAUGUAGGUUUAUGUUAAAUAAAUGGUAAUUUUUUUAGAGUCUCCAUUUUGUAGUGUAACGCUAUCUUGCGAUGUAUUUUAUUUUGUUAUGUCAUGUAAUGUAUUGUAAUUAACUUUGCUUAUCUUAUGUAUCUUCAUUUCGUGUUGUGAUCUUUUAAAGUUUAAUGUAUUAUUAUUAUUGUAACUCCAUUUUAAAUGAGGGAGAUGUUGUAAGUUGGUAGUUCUGGAGUGACCCGAUCUCUGCCUUGUAGCAACCAUGCUUGUCUAUAAAAGCCCAUGUAACCAUGUCUCGCCAGUCAGUCUGAAAUACAGAUCUCUGAGUAUAUUUUAUCACGAGUACUUCUAGUUAGUAGCCCUAACUUCUACAACAAAUCCCGAAUUUUGAGUCUCGGCUCAC